GCCUCCUGUGGCAGCUCCUGAUCGCAGCGCCUGCCGCCACAUUAGCUCAAGACAUCACACAUCGUAGCACCUCUUUCCCUUCUUCAUCAUCACGCUGUCACAAAGCUAAUCCUACGCGGACACGCUUUUCGUCGCGCGGAUCAACCCCUUUCCCCCUCGUCUCCCCGUAUGCCCUUCGCGGGCUGAUCAGCUGCCGCCACCUCCUCAUCCACGGCUCGUCCACUCAGCGAUGCCUCCGUCAUCACCUCGACUGUCGUUUCGCUUCUGCUGCCUCUAACGAGCGACCUCGCCCACGAUGUCAACAUCGUCCCCGGCCUCUGGCACUCAGCCGCCACUACGCCCCGACUCGCCGGCAGGCACUUUCGGCACCUUCGGUCGGUCGUCGUCCAAAGGCACAUUAGGCGGCGGUGCAGGGCAGCCGCAGUCUGCCCCAUCAAGGGACAGCAGUAGCGCAAAUGCUUCGCAAGAUGUGUCGUCGCGUCCGACUGUUGCACCGCCACUACCCCCGCCACCUCUUACCAUGUCACCUCGUGCUCUUGAGAAGCAGCGAGCGGAUGAUGACUACGCAGACGGCAACGCAGACUUCGUGCGCACGAAUUCUCCUCGCGAGCCAAGCGGCAGUAGCUCUCUUGACCCACGUACUCAUUGGCAAGGCUCGUCUGACCCCUACCGCGAGACGCCGUCGCCGCUACAACAACACACCUCAGACUCGGAGAGCCCGGUCCGGAGGGCCGCUCACGGCGCACAGCCGGGGUCGGGCGAUGGAGACGGAUCGAGCGGGCCACGUUACGGGUUUGGCGAGAGGGGCGGCUACGAUGCUGGCGGCAGCACGCUGGAGCGUACAAGGUCGCCACAAUCGGAUCAAGUGCAAAGGGAACGGGCGAGACUUUUGGAGGAGGAUCGUCAAAGGGAAGAAGAGCAGUACCUGCAGCAACAGAUACCCUUCUUGGCUAGCGCGCCUACUCCUCGUAGUCCAAGACUGCGGCAGCCUGGACAGACCGACUUGCAUAUCGACACAGGGGAUCGCAAUCGCACGCCUCGAACAAGCUCAGCGCAUCGUAGACGCAUUCGAUCGGGGGACAGCGUUGGAGGAGACACGGUACAGCAACAGCAACAGCAGCGCCAUGGGCGCUCACGGCCGCUGAGCCUGACAGACUCGUCAGAGCGGCAACGCAGCCGCUCUUCUCGGCGGAAGCAUCAAUCUCUCACCUUCUCAGUACCCGACGACGGCAGCUCAGCAGAUGACGAAGCAGAGAGAGCACGCCCGGUACGUCGCAGCCCUGGGCGCAGAGAGAGCCGGCGCCAUCGUGCGCACAGUGCUCCUACGCCGGGCAUGGGAGGGGCUCCCAUGGUGCGCUCACAUGCCUCAAUGGGUCGACCUUCGGCUACGGUCGACGAAGAGGACCGGCCUGCGGAAUGGACCUUCGCUGGUCCGUUGGGCACGACAGUCGAAGCUGUUGCGAUGGAGCAGCGCCGGCAGUCUGACGCGCACGCGGCGAGCGCUCUGGCGUACACGCCGAGAUUCCCGCCUAUGAUGCCCAUGACUGUGGAUCGAUCACGAGGCCUACUACCGCGCGUACGGAAUGAAUUGGAGGACGGAUCAAUGGAGGAGAAGUCACCGUGGCAGGGCCGCCUACUGGCAGCAGACCGCGCCUCCCUGCCCCUCCGCAUCGCGAUUCCGAUCGCUAUCGCCCUGUUUCUCGACUUCAAUGUCCUCUUCAUUCAAGCGCAACUCGCCAUCCACGCUGACUCGGAUGGUGCCGCGACCGUCCCUCCGAGGCAAAGCACGGCCUGGUGGAUCUCCUUCGCCGUCUAUGCACUUUGCCCGAUCUUGUCGAUUGGUAUCUUCACCCUCAAGCUGGUCUCGAACUACAAGCAGCAAACCCGGGAGGAGGGGGCUGAGGCCCGAAAGGCGUAUUUGAACGAUGUGGGCCGACUCUUGCUGACGCUGCGAAGCUCGGCGAUACACAAGCUGGUACAUGAAGUGGAUCAAGCUGCUUCAUCAGAACAAAGAAGGCUGGAGCGCGCUUGGCGCCUGCGACAGGCUUGGCCGCACGCUCUCCUUGCUCUGCCCCGCGUCGCCAUUCUACUGGUGGCGAUCGUCCUCUACUCGCCCUUCCAAAGUAGCGUUGACGCUUCGCCUAGUACGGCCAUGCGCGAUGACUUCUUCUUUGCGCCUGCUACAGGGUUGCUGAGCACAUACGGAUUCGCCGUGACGAUCGUGGCCAUCAUCUGGCACGGGAUGAGCGCCCUGAUGGUAACUUUGGCUGCUCUCCUCGUGUACAUCGGGGCAAGGCGAGACCGGCGCAGGACGACAAGGCAUCGCGACAUGCUGCUCACCAGCCGUCAGCAGACAACAGCAUUCGCGCAUCGACCCAAGAGUAGUAUCAGCUUCCCCGACCAGCAGAAUCAGCUCGAGAUGGGGCCUCUCACAGGGGAAGCAGGUGGCAUGCGAGACCUGAUCACAUUCAAAGCUGGCCGAGUAUGGCAGCGCAACACGGAAGAUCGCCUACGUCUCGCACUUCUCCGCCACGGAGAGCGCGACUCGCGCAGCCAGGGCAUUGCUGCUACACCUCUGUUCGACCUGGUCGAUCACCGCUCUGCAACCCAGCUCCCUGGCUUGAGGGGGCCGCAACCCACGAUGCGCGAGCUGGAUGCAAGCAGUGGUGCUAGGGUCUCUUCGUCUUCACGAUUGCGCUUCGAGGACUACACUGGAAUGGGCACAACGAGCCAGACGCUUGUUCAGCCUUCGGCUGAUUCGAGGCAGCAGCAUCUGCAGGGAACGAAUGGCCCAACGUCAGCUUUGCCGCCAGGGUCUCACUACGGGAACCAAGCGGCUUCCCUCCCAUUUCCCGCGAUCGAAUUCCCUCCUCGCCGAUCGUCAAGCUCAUUCCGCCGGCCUACCUCUUCCUCAGACACUGAGCGUGCCCCUGUACCUGCAUCAGCCGCAGCCGCAGCGCCUACCGCCUCGCCGCGACAGGGAAGCAUGAAGAGCAUUGGCACGACAGGUUCUGCAUUAUGGGGCGCGUGGUUUCGGCAGCCUACGCGGGACUCUUUGUACCCAAGUGACAAGAUCGCCGCAGAUGGAGCGGCUGGGAGGGCAGAGGACACCGAUGGGAGCCCUGAGGGCGAGGCGCAAGAGGAGCUCGCACAUCCCACAGCAGCGACACGCGAAUUCACUACCGGCAAAGUCGCCCCAGUCACAAUUCCCACGGGCCUGUCAAGGGCGUCGAUGUACGGCGAGGUCGGCGAUGGGGAGGGAGAGGAGUCUCCACCGGCAGCGCCUCGUCCGGCUGUCACUGCGGUCCCACACGACUCGGGGCAAGACUACGUAGAGCAUGAGCAAGACGAGUCCGGUGAUACCUUGGACACGGACGAGACCGACCCAGAGGAACGGCGGCUGUGGUCUACCUUCCCGGAGCAGAGCAGGCGCCACCCGCCUGGACUCAUUGCGCUCGAGAUGCAGGAGAGGCAGCAACUCGAGAAGGAGCAGCGUGAGAGGAAAAGAGAGCAAGCUCCAGCUUCUGCAGCUCCGGCUGGCUCCGCCUGCAACGGCUUGGAAGACGACAGUCCCAUGACCUCCAGCCUCACCCCGCCUGAACAGCCUGGAAUGGCGUCCGCCGCCUCGAUGGGAUGGUCGCGCUACCCGAUCUCUGGAAGUGGGUUGACCGCUAUUCAGGAAGAGUCAAGCUACGCGCCGAGCUCGGUAGGGCACAGCGCUGCGGGCGCGCGUGGAGGUUACGGAAACACGCUCGAAGGAAGUGUCACUACAACGCCCACUACGGCGAACAGGCCGUCCGACGGGACACCCCAGCAGUCCACGCCUGCUUCACCAACGGAGUCUGCGGGAGAAGGGUGAGUGGAGGGAGUGAGGGCAGGAGGACAAGGCCUUGGGGUAGGAGAUGACAGGCGUCGAGCAAUGCUCCGCCAAAGAGGUCGCGGUACCAUCAUGCCAAAUACCAUACGCUUU